AUGUUAGGGUUUCAGGAACCCACUACAGACUCUAACAAGAACCCAUUAUCAUCAGCUACCAUCGCAAAAGUUGCUUCUUUUCUAGAUACAUCUCCCGAUGUGGUUCAAACUUUGGAUGAAACUAUAUUGAAAUCCUUAAAUAAUAGAUUCGAUGAAUUCAACCAUAUAGAAAAUGAACAAAUCAAAAUCAGUACGGAAUUAGAAGUCACUAAGAAAACCAAUAAUACUACCAUUAAAAAAUUGAAAAAUGAAUUGACGGAACUUAUAGACUCUUAUGAAUCUGUUUGUAAAGAAAAAGAAGAUGCCUAUAAAAAAAUUGCGGAAGAAGAAGAAAAGAAAAUUGAUAAUAGAGAUGAAUUAGAAUCUAAAUUGAUUCAAAUCCAUUCCUUAGAAGAAAAUGUAUCAGAAUUGCAAUCCAAAAAACAAGAAUUGAUUAAAUCACUGGAUGAUCGAAUAACUGAAUUGAAUGAAUAUCGUCAUAAUAUCGAAUUAUUAAAUAAUGAAAAAUCGAAAACAAGAAACAAAAUUUUACAAUUAGAAAAUGAAAAUCAAGAUUUGAAAAUUAAUGAUUUAUCACAAAGAACACAAUUAGAAAGAUUAUCUCAAGAACUUGAAACGAUUAAUAAAGAAAAAUUAUGGUUAGAGGAAAGACUCGGAGAAAAAGGUGAACAAUUUGAUUCUUAUAGAGAGAAAAGUAUAAAUGAAAAUCAGGAUCUUAAAUUACAAUUAAAUACUGUUAAAAAUGAGUUGGAUCAAAUGAAAUCUACUAAUUGUGUCUUGCAAGAAAGAACUGAUGAAUUAUCCAACAAGUUAAGAGAUACAUCCACCAAUUUGAAAAAUAUCCAACAAUCACGUAAUAAUGAUAAAGCCACUCAUGAAAAGGAACUGACGUUGAAACAACAAUUGAUUGUUGUUUUGCAAUCGCAACUCAAUGAAUUACAAAGAGAAAAUGGAAAUGAACUCUCAUUGACAGUAUCAGAUACAGCAUCUUCUUCCCGUAAGGAUAGCGACUUUACAAGGGAAAUAAAUGACUUAAAGAAUCAAUUAAAUCAUGUUCAAGAAAGAAAUGUAGAAUUAGAAUUCAAAUUAAGGAAAAGUGAAGAUUAUACAGCUGUGUCUAAUUCAACAUCUUCUGAUGAUCUAAGAAACUCCUUAGCUAAAGCGUAUGAUGAUAUUGACGUAUUGAAGAAGAAAUUGAAUGAUGAACAAUCACAAAGAGAGAAUUUCGAGAAGAAUCUGGAAGAAUUUAUGGAUGACUUAGAGACUGAAUUACCAACAUUAGAAGCAUAUAGACAUAGAGCUGCUGCAAGAGAAGAAGAAUUAAAGGAAGCAACACUAUUGUUAGAGAAGGCUAACAAAGAAAAGUCAUUGGUUUCCUCUGAACUAAAUCAAGCUCAAAGCAGGAUACAAUCGAUUGAACAAGAGAUUAAAUUAGUGGCGAAACAAAGGUCUGAUUUAGCCAAUCAAUUACAAUUUUUCCUCGUACAUAACUCUGUUGCAAAUGAUUCUGCAGGUCCAUUAACAGAUGAAGAAGUCAAAUUUAUUCGAAAUAUAAUACAAGAAGAUGAUGAAAUGCACGACAAAGAAACAGACACUCAAAAAGUUAUUUCUGAAAGAUUGACCAAAUUCAAAGAUAUCAUUGAACUUCAGCAAAAAAAUAUGGAGUUAUUAAAAACAACCAGAGAAUUGGCCACUAAAUUGGAAGAAGAGGAUAAAAUCAAACAAGCUGAAAAAAGCAGAAUAGAAGAGGAAACCAUAGCUGAAGCUAAAGAAGCUAUAUUAACUUUACAAAACUACAAUAGUUCUUUGACUGCCAAAAUUGCUGCUUUAACAAAAGAACUUGAAACUUAUAAAGUACUAUCCAACACUGAAGAUUCUUCAACUCCAGCUGAUUUUGACAAACAACGUGAACAAAGAGAAAUCGAACAUACUCAAUUGGUUAAAGAACUUGAAACCCGUAUAGCUUCUAUCAUUCAAGAAUCCAAAGAAAAUGCCAAUAUUUUGAAUGAUAAGAUAUUUGCACUUGAUGAAAAAAACAAUCAUAUAUCUAUUGAACUAGCGAGAGAGAAAUCAGCAAAACAAUUGGCUGAAGAAAGAUUGAAGCUGUUACAGAAAUCUAUGGAUAUGACUAUUACUGAAAAUGAAAGACUUCAAAAAAGAUUAAAUUCAUUACGUAAUGUAGUUGUUGAACAAGAUAAGAGAACGCAUGAAACAAUCAAUUCCUUAAUAAAAACUAGGUCAGAACUAGCCACUGUAGAAAACAAAUGGAACGUAUCUCAGAACGAAAUAAAAUUACUUCAUUCUUCUGAGGAAAUGUUGAAGAAUGAACUAACAAGACUAAAUGAGGAAAAGAAUUCCAUGAAAUUAUUAGUGACUCGUUUACAAACGUUACAGUCAGAACGUGAACAUUUGUUAUCUACUACUCAAGAUAAAUUCAAUAAAGAACUAAAUGAUUUGGAAGGUACUUGCAAUGAUCUACGUAAAAAAUUAAAAGAAGCUGAAGAAAACUAUGGAUCAUUGAUGGAGGAGACUACUGAACUAAAGGAUGACUUUCGACAGAAGAAAAAAUCUUUAAAAGAGGAAAUGAGCAAUGUGGAAAAGAGAUAUUCUGAAAUAGUAGAGAAAGAACGGGAAACAAAGUGGGAAAACACCCGCUUAACCAAACAGUUAAAGGAAAAAACUGAACUUAUUGAAAAAUAUAAGGCAGCAAGUGACGAUGAGGGGAAACUUGAAGAGAUUUCAUCGUUACAAAAAGAGUUACAAGUUUUGAAAAACGAAUUAACAGAAUCCUAUUCUCAAACAGAAAGUUAUAGAAAAGAUAUUGAGCUUUUAAAUCAAUCUAUUGCAGAUAUAAAUAAACAAGUUCUUAAUAAAGAAGCUGCAUUCAAAGAAAGAAUUACAGAAGUUGAAUUAGCAAAGAAUAAUAUAGCAGAUUCCAAUACUGUGUUAAAGACACAAAUUGAUGAUCUAAAUAAUGAAUUGGAAGUACAAAAAAAAUUGUACGAAGAUGAAAAGAUAAACUUUACAAGAAAUGCCAAUGAACUUGAAAGAGUCACCAAAGGACUUGAACAAUCGAAGAGGGAUUAUGAGGAUAAAUUAAAAAGCUUAAUGAAAGAUCUUGAAGAGCAAGUCAAGUAUGCUAAUAAAGCCCAGAAUAAUUAUGAACAAGAGUUGCAAAACCAUGCCAACGUCUCUAAGACAAUUAGUCAAUUAAGAGAACAAACUCAGCAUUAUAGAACUGAAAUUGCUGAAUUGACUAUAUCUGCUACUGAUGCAAAGAGACUUCUAAAUGAAAAUCAAAUUAGUUGGCAAAAGCAAAGGGACGAGUACGAGAAGCAGAUUGAGUUUUUUAAGAAGAGGAUCGAAGAAGAAUCUGAACAAAAUAAAAUGUUAUUCGAACAAAGUAAACUAACUACUCAAGCUAACGAUGAAGACAACGCCGAAAGCUCAGGGGUAAAUUCUAUUGAGGGAGAUAAUAAGUUAGUAUUAAGUUUACGUUCAGAAAGGGAUCUUUUACAAGAAAGGUUGAAUGUGACUGAAGCUGAGGAGAAAUUGCUUCGUGAAAGAUUAACUUCUAUUGAAAAGGACUUUAGAGCAACGGACUUAGAAUUACAGAAAAUAAAAGAAGAAACUCAUAAUUAUCCUGAUUUGUUAGAACAACACAAAACCGUCAUGUCUCAAUUGACUCAAUUAGAUUUAUUAAGAGAAAGUAAUAUAACACUAAGGAACGAAACAAUAGAAUUACAAAGUAAAAACCAGCAUCUACAGACAGAGGUGGAAAACUUGCAUGACAAAUUAUUACCACUGGAGACUGAACUACAAACACUAACUAACUUAAUUGAAGAAAAAGACAAACAACUUUCAAUUUGCCAUGAAGAAAGUGAAAGAUGGAAACAGCGUUCUCAAGAUAUCUUAUCUAAAUAUCAACGAAUUGAUCCGGUAGAACAUGAGAAUUUGGCUGAAGAAAGAAAUCGUUUACAAGCCCAAUUAGAAGAGAAAUCUAAAGAAAAUGAAGAAUUAGGUAAUAGAUUUGAGAAGUUGAAGAAACAAGCACAUGAAAAAUUAAAUGCAUCCAAAAUAUCUCAAAAUUCACUAACGAUACAAAUUAAUGAUUUGGAAGCCAAAAAGAAAGAAUUAUUAAGUCAACUAGAAACCGAGAAGGAAGGUAAACUUUCCUUAGAGAAAAGGUUAGAAGUAACGAUGAAAAACUCUCACGACAUUGUCUCAAUACAGUCACAAUUAGAAGAAGCUUUAAUGAAAUCAAAAGAUUUCGAGACUAAAUUCAUUAAUUCUGUUGAAUCAUCGAAACAGAUUGAAGAAAAUUUGAAUUCAGAAAUUAAAAAGUUACAGGAGGAAUCAUCUAAACUACAAGAAGAAUUGGCUCAUGAAAAAUUAACUACUAGUACAACAGAAAUUGGCAAUGUUGAUCAAGAUACGGUAGAUGGAGGGGUAUCAAAUGAUAUUGUUGAAUCUAUGAAGCAAUCGUUCGAAGAAGAAAAAAUAAAAUUCAUUGAAGAACAAACUACUGAAUUUAAGAAGAAACUACAAGCAGAAAUUAAUAAACUAAAGGCUGAAUAUGAAACUAAACAAAUUGAACCAGUGUCAAUAGAUGAAAAUGCUAUAAGAAAACAAAUCGAAGAAGAAUAUGAACAAGCAACUUCUCAAAGGAUCAAAGAGGCGGAAGAGAAUUUGAAAAGAAGAAUACGUUUACCAACUGAAGAAAAGAUUAAUAAAGUCAUAGAUAAAAGACGAACUCAACUUGAAAAUGAAUUCCAAAAUAAAGUAGAAGCUAGAGCUAAAGAAUUAUUGACAGGUGAUGAGAAGAAUGAAUUUUUCGACCGGAUGAAGAAAGAAAUUCAAGAAGAAUUGGCAAGAAAAUAUGAAGAGGAGUUACAAGUGGUAAAGAAAAAGGCGUUUGAUGAAGGGAGGCAGCAAGUGCUGAUGAAAACAAGCUUCCUUGAGAAGAAAAUAACAAAAUUAGAAUCUGAUCUUCAAAAUGCCAAGAGUAAUACUGGUGCAACUGAUAAUACGAUAGUUUCGACUGAUAAUGAAACGAAAUAUGAAGGAUCAGAUAAAAAACCUGUAACGAUUAAUACUAAUGUUGUUUCUGAUGUCGGAGAAAAUAAUGCCGAAAGGACACCAAUGAAUAAAUUCCCUAGAGCUAUUAUGAAUCCACUUUUAUCUAACGGCGAGCAUUUGAAUUUAAUUUUAAAUCCAUCAUCUUCCUCACUGCAACCUUCUCCGUCGAAUAGGAAUGUUGGCGGUACUACUACUACUACUACUACUACUAAUAAUAAUAAUAAUAACAAUAAUAAUAAUAAGAAUAAGAAUAAUAGUGGCAGUGGAGGCAACAAUAACCCAUUCACAUCACCGUUUCAACUUUCGACGACAACGGCAACAAUACCCCAAUCAGUGGUUCAACCAACUUUUUCCUUUGGUUCAAAUGUAAAUACGAGUGGUAAUAGUAAUGCAGAUGAUAAUUCUAAUAGCAACAAUGCUGGAGAAGACUUAGUAUAUGAUUCUAUGCGAACUUCAACUUCUUUAGCAUCUUCAGAGUCUUCUGCAAGAUCGUCCCCUGAGUCUAAGAAUGAAGAUAAUAAUGAUGAAAAUUUGGGGAAGAAAGAACAAAAGGAAGAGGAAGAGAGAGAAGGUAACGAUGAAGAUAAUAAUAAUAAUAAUAAUAAUGUAUCGGAAAAUAGUUCACAAACUAAAGGGUUGUCAUUUUCUCUAGGUAACACACCAAUUGCAACAGAGGAGGGAAAAGGUACUGAAGCUUCAUUGUCGCUGAAUUUACCUAUGAAACGUGCUGUAGAUGAAGAAGCUGAAGAGGAGAAAGAUAGGGAAGUAAGAAAAGGGGAAGAUGAAGAUAAAGAAGGAAAAGGUGAUGAAUCUGACUCUAAUAAAAGAAGUAAACUAGAAUGA